GAGCACUGGAAGGGAAUCACCGGCUACUACCUGGAGGCUACGGCGUUGCUCCCGCUGGCCGCCAUGGAGUGGGAUCCUGGGCCGGCAUGGCUUGGGAACACUCACCUGGAUUGGGAUCUGGGCACCCCCCCGUGCAUCACCGCCCUCGCCGAGCCCGGCAGUGCCUUGGGGGGCACACACCACAGCCCCCAGUUCCUGCACCCGCAGACGAGAGCAUCCCGGCCAGGCAGACGGACAUCCCCUGGCGCCUCAAGCAGAUGCUGGACAUCCUGGUCUAUGAGGAGAAGCAGUUCCCAGCGGGAGAAGCCGGGCCAUGCCUCGAGUACCUGCUGCAGCACAAGGUCCUGGAGACCCUCAGCACACUGGGCAAGGCAGAGUACCCGCCCGGGAUGAGGCAGCAGGUCCUCCUCUUCUUCAGCCGGGUGCUGGGGCAAGUGCAGCACCCGCUCCUGCACUACCUCAACGUGCACAGGCCGGUGAAGAAGCUGCUCCAGCUCAGCGGUGACCGCCUGGACUCUGGCUUGGAGAAGGAGGAGCUGCAGCUUGUGGCCAUCCUCUGCAUGAAGAUCAAGCAGGAUCCCACCCUCUUCACGUACAUCCUGGAGGGCAAGAGCAUCCUGAAUGGGAGGAGAGCCCAGGAGCUGCCGGCCAUGGAAGAGGGCACGGAGCAUCCCUCUGGCACUGCCACCAGCUCUCCCAGUGCCGAGCCCUCCCCACCACGGAGGGACCACAACCUCGUCACAUCCCUGGUGGGGCUGUGCAAGAGCAAGAAGAGCCGGGUGGCGAUGAAGGCUCGGGAGAACCUGCUGCUGCUGGCAGGGCUGGCGCAGGAGGCGGCUGCCACGUGCCUGGUGCGGAGCAGCGCCCUGUGCCCGCUGCUGACCGAGCAUCUCUGUGACCUCUACAGCGCCGUGCCCGCGGGCACCGACCCCGCCGAUGUCCUCGCCAUGGAGAGGACGAGCUGGAGGUCGCAGGGUGCUGGGGAUGAGGCUUUCCCAGGGAAGGAGAGCCUGGCUGCCUUCUUCGGCUGGUUGGACUACCUCGAUGAGCUGGUGAUGGGCGCACACCCGGUUGUGGCAGAUGCCCUCGCUGAGGCCGUGGAGGAGACGUUCUUCCAGGGCAUCCUGCAGCCGCAGCUCCUGCAGAUGUCCGAGCUCACAGUGCUCAGCACCACGGCCAUGCUGACAGGCACAGUGCGGCAGGUCCACGCUCCCGCCCUGCUCCGGCGCCUCGUGCUCUUCCUGCUGGGGCCAGACCAGCACCCAGAGACCCCGGGGGACACCCCCCACCCUCUGCGCACCCACCUCAUUGACCGCUGCAACCACCUCUCCGACGAGAUCAGCCUGGCCAGCCUGCGGCUCUUCGAGCAGCUCCUGCAGAAGCCCCACAAGCACGUCACACACAACCUGGUGCUGCGGAACCUGGAGGCCAGGGGAUACCUGCAGCGAACCCCCCUUGUACCCGAGGAGCGCGGACCCCCGGAGCUGGAGUACGAGGAGGAUGGGCUGGACCUGGAGGAGGAUCCCUAUUUCACCGAUGGAUUCCCAGACUCCAGCUUUGGGAUAGCGAAAAAGCUUUCAUCAGGAUCAGCCCCAUCAGGGAAGGGACAAGUGAGCGAGGUGGUGAGCAGCUUCCUCUGCCUGGUUCCCGAGGAGGCAAAGACCUCCUCAUGCAUGGAGGAAGGCGGCUACGACACCUACGUGCACGAUGCGCUGGGCAUGGUCCAGGCGUGCCGCGACAGUGCAGCCCCGUGGGGGUGGCCCAGGGCCCCCCGUCCCCUCGACUCCUGCCACCCCGAAGUGGUGUUUUAUGAAGGUCACUUCCUCAAGGUGCUGUUUGACCGGAUGACGCGGAUCCUGGACCAGCCCUACAGCCUGAACCUGCAGGUGACCUCGGUGCUGUCCCGCUUGGCCGCCUUCCCCCAUCCCCACCUGCACGAGUACCUGCUGGACCCCUACCUCAGCCUGGUGCCCGGCUGCCGCUCGCUCUUCUCCGUCCUUGUCCGGGUGAUCGGGGACCUGAUGCAGCGGCUGCAGCGUGUGCCCCAGUUCAGGGCUAAGCUGCUGCUGGUGCGGCGGCAGCUCCUGGGGCUGGUGCCGGGAGAGCAGAUGGACCACACGAUGCUCUUCAAGGGCGUGGUGGUGCUGGAGGAGUUCUGCAAGGAGCUGGCUGCCAUCGCCCUGGUCAAGGGGCCACCGGAGGGGCCCCCCUGAGCUGCAGCUCCCCGGCCCUGCUAUGAAGCACCCCCUUUCUGGCCAGGCUGUGCUGGCCCUGCUUGGCACCGCGGGAAGGAUGCUGGCGAGGAGGAAGAGGAGACUCCAAGUCCUUCACCACCGCCUUGGCCAACCCGGAGGUGCUGAUCCCCGGCAGCAGGCGCACCCCUCGGGUGCAGAGUGCCCCCGUGCUGCGCUCCCUCCUGGGUGGUGGGUUCCUGCUCCCCCCGGCCUCAAGCAGGACGUUCUGGGGGGCAGUGAUGGGCUGUGUGGGCUCGGUGCUGUCCUCUGCUGCGCGGGGUGAUGCCUCGGCUGCGGUAACUCAAUCAUGUCCCCAUGGGGGCAUGGGGUGUGUGCUGGGAGGGUUUGUGGCUCCUGCCUGGCAGGGUUGGGGCACCCCAACCCCUGCACAGUGUCCCCUGGGUGAUGGGACUCUGCUGUAAUAAAGCUGUGAGCACCACA